GUGUCUCCCCGCGCCGCCUCCUCCCUCUCCAACUCCCCUCUGCUCACCGCUGCUCAUAAGCUGCAGGGGUCCGGCCCGUUGAUGCUGACGGAGGAGGAGCGCCGUACGCUGGUGGCUGAAGGGUACCCCGUCCCCAACAAGCUGCCCCUCACCAAGGCUGAGGAGAAGGCCCUGAAGAAGAUCCGCAGGAAGAUCAAAAAUAAGAUUUCUGCUCAGGAGAGUCGCAGGAAGAAGAAAGAGUACAUGGACGCUCUGGAGAAGAAGGUGGAGACAUGCUCCAACGAAAACCACGAGCUGCGCAGAAAAGUGGAAAACCUGGAGUGUACCAACAAGUAAGAGCAACAGCCACUAAU